UGCAAGAAACCAGUUUAAAAAUAAAUAAAAAAUAUUAGAAAGAGACGACCAAAACAAAGUUGUGGUGAAAGAAAGAAAAAGAGACCGAUUAUUGCGCCAAAACCAAAGGUGUGUCCUCCCUCUCCUUCUCCUUCAUCUUGAUUCCCUUGCAGCCUCUCUACUCCUUCCCGCUGCGAUCUCCUCACCGUCUCUUUCCAACACCAAUCCUAACGAACACAUCAAUGGAUCCACCAGUCUCGGAUCUCGACAAAAUCGACGACCAGAAAGAAAAAACCGGACCUUCCUUCCACUGCCACCUCUACGACACAGAGCUAGUCCACAAAAUCUCCCAAACCUUCCUCCCCGGACUCGCCACCGCCUGCGUCGACAACACCACCGGAGACAUCUUCCGCAGUCCAGGCUCCGUAGCCGCCGACAUCCGCAAAGAGAUGAUCGAGUACCUAACUAACAGAAGCCAAACCUUCGUGGCCGAGCACAUAGUCCUCCAAGGAGGAGACGCAGACACCGAAGCCUCUCACCAUCCUUUCGACAUAGUCUCAGACUUCAUCGACGACUUCGCAACCUCCAAGAGGAACCUCUUCAGCCGCGUCUCCGGUUGGCUCCUUAGCGAGAGGAGAGAGGACAACGUCGAUGACUUCGCUCAGGAGAUGGAGAUUAGUGGGUUUUGGUUGAGUGAUCAUAGGCAAGGACUCGCGGAGACGUUGCUUAAGAACGUUGACUUUAAAAACGGUUAUCACUGCGAGAUGAGGUUUCAGACCGAAGGGGAAGUCUCUGAGCAUGUCUUGACGUGUGGUUAUAGGACGAUGGAUUGUGAGAAUGAAGGUUGUAAUGCGGUCUUCUGCAAGAAGCAGAUGGAGAGUCAUGACUCCGUUUGCCCGUUUAAGAUUGUGAAGUGUGAGCAGGGGUGUGAUGAGAGGAUCAUGAGGCGGGAGAUGGAUAGGCAUUGUAUUACUGUGUGUCCUAUGAAGCUUGUGAACUGCGCGUUUCGCGCUGUUGGGUGUUUGGAUGAUGUGCGUCAGUGUGAGGUUCAGAGGCAUCAGUUGGAGAGUGUGGGGUCUCAUUUGAUGUGUGUUCUUAAGAGUAUUUACAAGGAAGCUUCUGUGGAUGAUCUCAAACCUCGAGCUGAGCAGAUACAGCAGUUGUCUACCAGGUUGUCUGAAGCGAGGAAUGCAAGGUCGUUGACGAAUCUUGUCAGGGAGAUUGAUGCAAAGCUGGGGGCUUUAGAGAUCAGACCAAAGAGUAUUGAUAAAACCGAAAAUGCGGAGAAGAAAGGUUUAGAGGAAGCUGAGGUAAAAGGAAGACCAGAGAUAGCAGGUGAAGUGGUUUCAAGAGAAGCAGAGGUUUUAGUAGAUGAUGUGAAGAAAGUUUCUGAAGCUGAGAUAGCAGAGAAUGUUAAUGAAGAAGGGGAAUUAAAAGCUCAAAAGCUUUUGGAGAUCGGCGAGUUUAUCAAAGAAGGGGAUAACAGCUCUGGAGCUGAUUUGUCAGAGAGAACUGAGACGAAAGCUCCAGAAGUUGUGGUGAUGGAUGAGGAUAGAGAGGAGGAAGAGAGUGGAGAGACAAAACAGUUAAGAGCAAAUGGAACCAGAGGUUUGGAGACUGAAGUCAAUGAGGUGAUUGAUGAAGAGGAUAGAGAGACAAAGAAAUCAAAUGAACCCUCAAGAAUAGUCAUGGACAAGGAGGAGAAUGAAGAGGGAGCAGAGACAAUCAACUUAAGUGCUCGUGCUUCUGGUGAAGAGAGUGCAGAGACAAAAGAGUCAAGAGCAAAUGAAACCAGAGGUUUAGAGGAAGAGAAUAGAGAGACAAAGAAAUCAGAUGAAACCAAAAGCGAAGCACCUGCAAGAAUAGUCGUGGAGAAGGAGGAGAAUGAAGAGGGAGCAGAGACAAUCAACUUAAAUGCUCGUGCUUCUGGUGAAGAUAGAGAGGAGGAAGAGAGUGCUGAGACAAAACAGUCGAGAGAAAAUGAAACCAGAGGUUUAGAGGAAGAGAAUAGAGAGACAAAGAAAUCAGAUGAACCCUCAAGAAUAGUCAUGGACAAGGAGGAGAAUGAAGAGGGAGCAGAGACAAUCAACUCAAGUGCUACUGCUUCUGAUGAAGCUGCAGCGUUGUCAAAGAGCUCAGAAGGUUUCUCUAAAGCACAAGCUGAAACCGAACCAAAUCUUGCUUGACAUCUUUUGUUGAGAGACCAAACUUAACAUGGUGUGUGUUUUUUCGUUCCCGUUUAACAAGAAUUUGUAUGUUGUUUGUCUGAAAAUAUUAACCUCGUACAAAAUACUAUUUGAGUCAUCAAAAUGUAAUCCAGUUUUGCUAUACUUCUUCAAUUGAUUAUGGUUUGAAAAUUUGUUCAA